UGCACAGCACGUCUCCAAGCCGACAGGAUCCGCUGGCUACCGGCAAACAGGACUAGCGGGACCACCGGGACCAGGACACAGAGCGCGGCUCAGUAGAGCGGAGACCCACGAACAAACCCCGGGCCCCGCCUCUCCGGGUCAGGCGGGCCGGGGGCGGGGCCUACAGAGAGGCCGUGUCCUGGGCAGCCAAUGAGAGUCCUUCGCAGUAGUUUGUCCCACGGCGCGUCCCGUAGCACUCUGAGCGCUGUCACGUGACUGUGCGCCGCCGGAACUGGGCCGGGAGGGGCGCGAGUUUGGACGCAAACAAACGGCGCCGGCAAGGCGGGUCCAUGGCCGAGGCGGUGAAGCCCCAACGCCGGGCCAGGGCCAAGGCCAAGGCCAGCCGGGCUAACGCUAAGGAGAAGAAGAAAUGUGAAAGCCUCCGGAGGGAGGACUUGGAUGAACUUUCUGUUCCAGAAGCCUCCAGAGAGCUGGGAGCCCUCACUGAGACUGUUGGCCUCAGAGAUGACCAUGUACAGACAGCAUCUGACUCCCAGCUCCAGGACGGUGCCAGCAAACAAGAUGAGAGUGACAUGUUUGACGUGCCACUCACCUCCUUAACCCUAAGUCAUGAAGGACCCCUCACAUGUGACACAGAGACCCUCAAGGCAGAGGAGGCAGUUAGAGGUUGGGCCGAGGACGAUGUCAGUAAGCCUGGUGACUGUGCUAGGAGCAAGUUGGCCACACAGAGGAACUUGGUGGAGCCAGAAGGAAGGACGCUGGCAGAGUGUGGUGCUCCUGAAAGCACCUGGUCUCCGCUGGCUUUUGCUCAGCAGGCAGCAGGAAGUGAACGGGCUGGGGACAUUCUCACUAGGGAAGAAGACAGACAAGCUCCAGGCCUCUCUUCAGAAGUGCCAUCAUACCUUGGCUCGCAGAGUUCCUACGAAGCCACAGGCAUUUUUCAGCCACCCAAAGUAAGAAAACUGUACCCUCCAUUGCCCACCGAGGUGGCUGAGACACCGGCCCUGGUGGCUGUGAGACCCUCGCCUCAUCUUGAGCGACUGUACCCGGAGCUCCCGACUCAGCUACAGCUGGUGCCCUUUACCAAGGAGCAGCUCAGGAUCUUGGAGCCUGGCUCAUGGCUGGAGAAUGUCGAGUCGUGUGCAGAAGAGUUUGACAGCAUGGCCCAUCAGGACAGGCACGAGCUCUACGAGCUGCUUCUGAACUACUCACGCUGCCGGAAGCUGCUGCUACUGGCAGAAGCCGAGCUGCUCACGCUGACAUCUGACUGCCACAGCACGAGGGCUCGUCUGUGGCACUUGAAGGAGGAGCAGUUGUCUGUGCAGGGUGUCUGUGCAGAUCAAGUGAAAGUCUCGGGCUGUCACCGCUACCAGAGGGCAGAGAUGAACACGAGUGCGCUGGAGGAGCUGAAAAAGCUGUUUGAAGCCAAGUGUGAGCACGUCCACCAGACGCUGGCGCUGCACUCAUACUCAUCUGUGCUCUCCAGGCUGCAGGUGGAGUCCUUUCUCUACACGCUGCUCAGCAGCUGCUCUCUGCUGAGGGUGCUGGCAGAGCAUCAGCAAGACCGAGUGUCCUCCAGGCUCCCGGAGAGCCUCCCCUCCGACCUCUGUCAGCUGAAGGAGUGCAUCAGCGUCCUGUUCACCUUCACCAGGAGAGUUAGUGAAGACACGCAGUUCCACGAGGAUGUUCUCCUCUGGCUGCAGAGACUGGUGUCAGUGUUGCAGAGAGUUGGGUGCCCUGCAGACCACCUCUUCCUUCUAAACCACAUUCUCCGAUGUCCAGCCGGUGUUAGCCAGUGGGCCGUCCCUUUCAUCCAGAUCAAAGUGUUGAAUAACUCCUCAGGGGUCUUUCACUUCAUGCAGUCCCUUGCUCUGCUGAUGUCUCCUGUCAAAAACCGAGCUGAGUUCCUGUGCCACAUGAAGCCCAGUGAGGGGAAGCCAUUGUCCUCAGGGCCUGCAUCUGGGACGUGGACACUAGUAGAUGAAGGUGGAGAAGAGGAUGAAGACCCAGAGACAAGUUGGAUUCUCCUCAGUGAAGAUGAUUUGGUUACCCUUUUGUCACAGUUCCCAUUUCACGAGCUCUUCCAACACCUCCUUGGCUUUACUGCAGACGGUGUCUAUUUACCUGAAACAACAAGACCUCAAGAGAUGAUGAAAACUUUCGCUUUUGCUAACUCACUUGUGGAACUUCUGGCUGUGGGCUUGGAAACCUUCAACAGAGCACGUUAUAGGCAGUUUGUGAAGCGAAUUGGCUACAUGAUCAGGAUGACUCUUGGCUACGUGAGUGACCACUGGUCACAGUACAUGACCCACAACCAAGGCCUGGGGUUUGCCCUGCAGCCUCCCUACUCCAUGGAGAAGCUGCAGCUUGAGUUUGAUGAGCUAUUUUUGAGAGCUGUCCUGCAUGUACUGAAAGCCAAGAGACUUGGCGUUUGGCUCUUUAUGUCGGAGAUGCCCUUUGGGACGCUGUCAGUCCAUAUGCUCUGGAAACUCUUCUACCUCAUGCACCAGGCAGAGAGCGGCCACCUGGAGGAGCUCUGUGCCACCCUGCAGCCCUCUGAGUGCAAGCAGCAGCUUCAAGACCCAGGACAUUUCGAGAACUUUGAGAAGUAUCUGUCCUCGAUGAACAGCUCUGAAGAGAUCUGUCUGCUGACGACGUUUGCUCAGAUGGCUCAGGCCAGAAGAGCUGAUGUGGACAAAGAUUUUGUGAAAAUCAUUGUUCAGGAGAUUUACGAGGUAUCUUAUGUCAUACUGUCUACCAGAGAGACAUUCUCAAAGGUUGGCCGUGAGCUCUUAGGGUGCAUCACAGCAGUUCACCCUGAGAUGACUUCUGUGCUUCUGGACAGAGUCCAGGACACCAUUGAUCAGGUUGGAAUGGUGUCUCUAUACUUGUUUAAAGACUUGCCUUUGCAUCUCUGGCGUCCUUCUGCCUCUGAAAUAGCUGUGAUUCGGGAUUGGUUACUGAAUUACAGCCUGACAACAGUGAAGAACAAACUGGCCUGUGUUAUCCUAGAAGGGCUGAACUGGGGACUCGGUGAACAGGACUCUCUUCAUCUGGAUCAGGCAGUCCAUGUAGAAGUGGCCUUGGUGGUUCUGGAAGCACACCAGAAGCACCUUGCCCAGAAGCCAUAUGCUGGGCUGCUUUCCGAGAGCAUGAAGCAGGUCUCCUACUUGGCCAGUAUUGUUCGGUACGGAGAGACGCCCGAGACCUCAUUUAACCAGUGGGCCUGGAACGUGAUCUUAAGGCUAAAACUACACAGAAACGAUUAUGGGGUACUCCAGAACUGUCCGACGGUUCCCUUCUCCAGCACUGUGCCUGACAUGACAGAGUCGCCCACACUGCACCCACUCUUGAAGGCUGCUAAAGCAGGCGUGCCCAUCGGCUGCUAUCUGGCCUUGGCUAUGACCACUGUGGGCCACAGCAUUGAGAAGUUCUGUGCAGAAGGUCUACCAUUGCUGGGCAUUCUGGUCCAGUCACGACACUUGAGAACAGUGGUCCAUGUCCUGGAUAAGAUUCUGCCUGUAUUCUACCCCUGCCAGUAUUACCUUCUGAAAAACGAGCAGUUUCUGUCGCACCUCCUCUUGUUCCUGCACUUGGACAGUGGUGUCCCACAGGGUGUCACACAGCAGGUCACUCAUAAGGUGGCACAGCACCUGACUGGAGCCAGCCACGGUGACAACGUGAAGCUUCUCGGCAGCAUGAUCCAGGCUCAUCUGUCUGUGAGCACUCGGCCCAAUGCUGUGGGCCCCGAGGCUGUACUGGAGUUCUGGGUGCAGGCCCUGAUAAGCCAGCAGCUAUGGUACCGGGAGCAGCCCAUCCUGUACCUCAUGGACCUCCUGUGCAGAGCAGCCUUCCAGCUGAUGCAAGAGGACUGUGUGCAGAAGCUGCUAUACCAGCAGCACAAGAAUGCUCUGGGGUAUCACUGUGACCGGAGUCUUCUCUCAUCACUGGUGAGCUGGAUCGUGGCAGGCAACAUCACUCCUUCCUUUGUGGAGGGCUUGGCCACACCCACUCAGGUCUGGUUUGCGUGGACAGUGCUGAGCAUGGAAGCCAUCUUUGAAGAAGACUCCCAGCUCCGGAGGGUCAUUGAAGGGGAGCUGGUCAUGAACUCUGCCUUCACCCCUGACCAAGCUCUGAAGAAAGCCCAGGCGCAGCUGAAGCUGCCCAUCGUGCCCUCCCUGCAGAGGCUGCUCAUCUACCGCUGGGCCCACCAGGCCCUUGUCACGCCGGCUGACCACCCUCUUCUGCCCCUCAUUUGGCAAAGGUUUUUCCUUUUAUACCUUCACCGCCCAGGACCGCAGUAUGGGUUGCCUGUAGAUGGCUGCAUCGGGAGAAGGUUUUUCCAAAGCCCUGCACAUGUCAACUUGUUGAAGGAGAUGAAGAGGCGUCUGACAGAGGUGGCUGACUUUCACCACGCUGCAAGCAAAGCCCUCCGGGUCCCAGCAGAGGGCAGCGAAGGGCUGCCAGCAAGCCAGGCUGGCACCGCACCUCACUUGAUGUCACCUGCACUGCACACGGAGCUUGUGAGGCUCUUCAAUGUAUACAUACUAUGGCUAGAAGAUGAGAGUUUUCAGAAAGGAGAUACCUAUAUCCCUUCUCUUCCAAAGCACUAUGAUGUGCACAGGCUUGCAAAAGUGAUGCAGAAUCAGCAGGAUCUGUGGAUGGAGUAUGUGAACAUGGAGCGUGUACACUAUGAGUUUCAAGAAGCUGCUGGUUUGUGGACACAGACCAAGAUGGAGUCCCACUCCACGCCCUGCAGCAUGUCAGCACAGCUGAGUUUCACUGACCCUUUGUUGGCUAAGGAGCGGGUCUUAAACAGCCUACGGAAGCACAGUGCUCCUCACCCUCCCCUGGCGCUGCACCCAGCAAAGCCCCCAGUGCCUGUCAUUUCUUCAGCCGUGCUCCUGAGUCAGAAGGACGCCACCCAGCUGGUGCGCACGGACCUGGAUCUAUUGCAGCAACAGGCCAGAAGUGCAGCUCUCCGGGAGUCGCAGCAGGUGGCCCUGGACAGUGAGCUGUUGGACACAAUGCCCAGGCUGUACGUUAACCGGGAAGAGCAGGUCACGCUGCAUCUGGAGUGUAGAGGCAGCAGUGGGAAGAAGUGCCAGGGAGCAGCUGUUGUCACAGUCCAGUUUGAAGGUUUGCAUAAAAAUGAAGCAGUGAGUCAGCAACUUCAUGGCUUGCGGAAAGACGUGAAGCAGCUGCAAGCAGAAGCCACCAAGCCACCAUCCCUGAGCAUCGUGGAAGCUGCUGUGCACGCAGAGAACUUAAUCACGGCCCUGGUGAACACCUACCGGCUGCAGCCCACACCUGCUCUCCAGAAGGUCGGUGUCAGCCUCUUCUUCACUAUUGUGGACUCUGUGAGUGAGGAGACACAGCGCCACCCUCCCACAAGGCAGUUCUUCACUUCUUGCAUUGAGAUCUUGGGACAGGUGUUCAUCAGUGGCACUAAAUCUGAAUGUGAGAAGGUGCUUCAGACCAUCCUGCAGAACAGAAGACUCUGCUCCCUGCUGUCUCCCUUCUUCACGCCCAACGCUGCACCUGCAGAGUUUAUCCAGCUGUAUGAGCAGGUGGUCAGGUUUCUCAGUGAGGACACCAGCGACAUGGUUUUCAUGCUGUUAACCAAGUUCCAUCUUAAGCAGUGGUUAAACGCCACUAAACCUCCUCUGUCUGAUCGUACCAGGCUUCUGGAGUCCAUCCACUUGGCGCUUACCGCCUGGGGUCUUGAACCAGAUGAAGAUAUUUUGAUGCCAUUUAACCUUUUCUGUAAGCACUGGACUUACCUUCUCCUCCACCAGUUCCCUGACCAGUACAGUGACAUUCUCAGGCUACUGAUGCAGAGCUCCUCUGAGCAGCUGCUGAGUCCAGAGUGCUGGAAGGCCACUCUGAGAGCUUUGGGCUGCCAUGACCCAAACUGGCAGCAGGGGCCAGCCUCUGCUGAAGGCACCAUGCUGCAGAGGGCUCCAGAUGGUCUCCUGUCCGACAAGCAGGUAAUGGAGACUAUCCAGUGGCUCUCGGACUUUUUUUAUAAGCUUCGGUUAUCCACACUGGACUUCAAAAGCUUUGGCUUAUUUUCUAAAUGGAGUCCAUAUAUGACUGAUAUGAAGAUACUCUUGGGCUAUCUUGUAAAAAGGAUGCUUGACUCAGAAAUGACUUGCUUGGCCCAAGACCCAUCUGCCAGCAGCAAAAUAGUGCUGCUGUCUCUACACUCAGUGAUCACCCAGCUCUUCAGGCCAUGGAUCCUGGUUCUGGAAGACAGUGGAAGCAGCCAGCGGCAUUACCCCUGGCUGGAGAGCGAUGCAGCCGUGGCCUCCAGCCUUGUGCAGCUGUUCACCGACUGUGUUGACUCACUGCACCAUGGUUUUAAAGCUAAGCUGUUGCCAGGGGACGCAGGAGCCCUGCGCUUACACCUGAUGCAUUACUGCGAAGCAUGCACAGCUGCCCAGACGCCGGAGUUCAUUCUGUAUGCUUUUCAUAGUGCCUACCACAAGCUUCCAUGGCGGGACCUACGCCCUGACCAGACGCUUAUGGAGGCCUUCUUCAAGGUGGAGCGGGGAAGUCCCAAGAGCUGUUUCUUGUUUUUGGGGUCUGUCCUCUGUGAAGUGAACUGGGUCAGUGUACUCUCUGAUGCCUGGAGCCCCAGCCCCCACCCAGAGACCCGGAGCAUGGUAGUCUGCCUUCUCUUCAUGAUGGUUUUACUGGCAAAGGAGGACGAGCUGGUAGAUCAGCCGGAUUCGCCUUUGCUUGGUCUCCUUGGACAGACAAGCUCCCUUUCGUGGCACCUCGUGGACACGGUCUCCUACCAGAGUGUGCUGGCUUAUUUCAGCAGCCACUACCAGCCGGCCACUAUCUUGGCGAAGGAACCUUCUGCUGAGUUAAUUGUGAGGCUCCUGAAAGCAGCUGCAGGUCUUUCUGUCCCCACCGAGAGCCAGAAACACCUUGAUGCAGUUCCAAAAUGCCGAGCCUUCACUCAUCAGAUGGUCCAGUUCCUCAGCUCCCUGGAACAAAAUGGAAAAAUCACCUUAGCGGUCCUGGAGCAAGAGAUGUCUAAGCUCUUGGAUGACAUCAUCAUCUUUAACCCUCCUGACAUGGACGGCCAGGCCCGACACAUGGCCCUGAGCAGCCUCUUCAUGGAGGUCCUGAUGAUGCUGAACACCGCUGGCGUUCCCACGGCAGAGUUCCUUCGGGGCAGUCUCCGCGCCUGGAUCGGGCGGAAAGUGCAUGGGCUGGUGGUGCUGCCCCUGCUCACCGCAGCCUGCCAGAGCCUGGCUUCCGUCCGCCACAUGGCCGAGACCACGGAGGCCUGCGUCACAGCCUACUUCAAGGAGGGCUCUCUCCACCAGAACUUGGGCUGGGGCCCCAUCCUGGUUUCUCUCCAGGUUCCUGAGCUCACCAUUGAGGAGUUUCUGCAGGAGUGCUUGUCUCUGGGAAGCUACCUGACUCUGCACGUCUACGUGCUUCAGUGUCUCAACAGUGAGCAGACUCUGCGCAAUGAGAUGAAAGUUCUGCUGCUCUUGAGCAAGUGGCUGGAACAGGUGUAUCCAAGCUCUUCGCAGGAGGAGGCCAAGCUGUUCCUGUGGUGGCAGCAGGUUCUGCGACUGUCCCUGGUCCAGCUGGAGCAGAAUGACUCUGUCUUAACAGAGUCCAUCAUCCGGAUCCUGCUGAUGCUUCAGAACCGCCACAGUCUGAUGGCUGAGGAGCGACUGAGCUCUGGGAUUCUGGGGGCCAUUGGGCUUGGCCGGAAGUCGCCCUUGUCUAACAGGUUCCGAGUGGCUGCCCGAGGCAUGGCUGCCUUCCUCUCCGUUCAGAUUCCGACUGAGGAUCAGAUCCGUUUGAAACCUGGCACUGAAUUACACUUGAGCCUGAAAGCUCAGCAGGCUCUGGCUGCUCUGGAAUCUUUGGCCUCGAGUAAGCAGUAUGUAGAAUACCAGGACCAGAUAGCACAGGCUGCACAGUUUAUCAAGGACCCUGGGCACUGCCUUCAAGACGUGAAGCGCUUCCUGGCUCUUGUGGUUGGCUCUCUCUACCCAGAUGUGCACUACUUGGAUAACAUCUGAUAGCCACACGAGGCCCUUCAGAAACAAACAAGAAGAAUUCCUGUUUAUGUUUACUGGCACUUUGCUGUUGCACAAGUAACUCUUCACCUUCACUGCUGGGCUCAGUUGGGCUUGUGCGUGAGAUGCCGUGUGCCUGUGUGUGUGUUCUAUAAAUGCGUGUGUGUGUGCUAUUAAAACUUACAGAGAAGUGAACUGAGUUGCAGGUGGGUACAGAGCCACUUGCAGAUGCCGCCUGUCCUGUCACCUCACAAGGCCUGGGGCAGGGUUAUUUGCCCCCUCUCUGUCCCCUCCUAUUUUGCUUCCGUGUCAAGAAUCUUGUGCCAGGUCCAAGUACAUUGGGAACCAUGCGAGACCCUAAGGUUUGACCUCACUUAAGUUUCUUCACAAACUUGUGAGAUGAGCUUUGGGAAUCUCUUUAUUUCUCCAGUGUGGGGACUAUACCAGCUUCACGGUGUUGCUGUGUUUUUUCAGAGGGGAGCCGCGAGUGCUGGUUGAAGCGAGCCUUUGUCUGCAGUGUGAUCACUUGAUCUCAACUCCAGCAGACACGCACAGUGGCUGGUCUCUCCAUCCAGCCACCUGUCCUCACCCGCCUGCCCCUCGAGACAUAUCGGCGGCGGCCUGCGAUGAGUGUGGAGUGGUUUUGCAGACCAGUUUUCCUCCCAUUGGCUCACUAGGUCCCUGCCUUCCCUUGGUCCAACCCGCUUACUCUGCCCCCGCAGGUGUCUCAGUUGGCUGCUUUCAGUAGACACCAAGUUUGACGCCCGAGGGGCCCUGCUGUCAAGAGAUGAGGGCAGAGAUAGCAAGACCUUGACUCUGUUUUCUGCUUGACUCUUCACUCCAAACUAAACUCAGAGGAGACACCAAACUUGCUGAAGCACUUAGCCAUGGGAUGGGGUCAGGUCAGGACAGGUGAAUGAAAUGUGGCUCUCCUCCAGUGGCCACGUGCCGUCCUCUGACAGUCUGUUUGCUCAUCACCAAAGUGUGACACCGCUUCUUGCUUCUGCUUCUCCUCUCAGGAACUGUUGGCAGCAGUUUCACGGCUGGCACCUUUGCAGUUGUCAGCUUGUCUGUCUUGUCCCUUGUUUAUGAGUUCUCUGUGGUGCAGGGAUACUUGCCUAAAAGUGUCAGGACAGAGCUUUUGGCUCUCCAAAGAGUGUGCUGGAAUACUUCCUCUAAUGUUCGGAAGUGUGAGGAGCUGCCUUGUACUGUGAAUUCUUUGAUUGGACACAGCUAUUCUGCCUCUCAGACAUGCCGUGAGCAAGACCGCCCUGCCCAGCUGCCAAGCUUUGGGGGCCACUCUGUGUCCAUCUGAAAGGCCAUGUUUCUGUUUGCUGCUCCAUGGCCACAUCAGUCACCUCCCCACACAGCAUAGGUGACAGUUUUAGAAGUCGUGGACAGCAUGGUGGCUGUUUAAUGUGCUUUUCCCUUUGAAAAGGGUAUAAUUAUUGAGAUCCUAGAAUGUGAAAAAGUUUGUGUACAUUUUAAAAGAAAUUAUGAUUAAUCUGUUAAUUUCUGAAGCUCUGUAGUAUUUAUAAUGUAUCUGACCCAUAAAAAUUAUUAAAUAAAUAUUUGGGUGUAGCUGGUAAAAACAAUCUGACCCCUGGCUUCCAAGGAGUUGGCCUGCAGCAAGUACAGGACCUGUUUGGGAGACGACCACACCAAGCUGUUUCUGCAUCUGUUCUGAGGUCUGGCCCAGCCUCACUCCAGAGAUGAACGUGUCUGCCCAGAGCAGCCUAAUCUUGCUUCAACCAAAUGCCAACCCCACUGACCAGUCAAGAUCAGUGUGCCCACUUGGCACAAGUGGGAACUUCCUGCCCUUCCGAACGGUGUCCUCACAUCACUGCUCAUUGCGCUUCUUGAACCUAACAUGAGUUCCCUUAGAGAAAAAGGCAGAUGUCCUCGAACUACUGCUUAUCCGUGCCCUCAAAUCAUCCAUCCAGUCCCACCUCCCACUCAGUGUGAAUCUCUCAUCCUGAGGCUCCCGCCUUCCACAGCCUCUCCUGCCCAGUAUCGUUGGAGGCCCUUGGCAGCUAAUGUUCUUGCCUGGAGUUUCUGGAGCCCAAGCUGGACUCCUACUAAGUGCUCAUGGUUCUGCAGAGUCAGACCAGGCUCCUGCUGCUCCUCAGACCCCCAGAUAAUUCUCUGCCCUUUAACCUCUGACCCUGCCAGCUGUCCACCUUUUAGUCAGCCUCAAGCAGAGGCUAAUGACCUUUCCAGCUGCCUCUCUGGCACCACCCCAUCUAACUGGGCUGCACUUGGGGAAAGUGCCCAUGCCACCCCAGGAGCAUUGUGCCCAGCACUUUCUGCACAGGAUGAGACAAAGACCUGAAUCCAUGUUGGCACCGGCCUCUGGGCACCAAGAAUUUGUGUCUCCCCGGGCCCUCAUCCUCCUCCUUGCUCUGCAUGUUGGUCAGGUAGUGUGGUCAGACAGCAAGUUCACUUCCCUGGACCCUUGGGUGGUACUGGCUCAAACUCCAGAUCUCUGUAACCACCAUGUGCCACCAGAAACAUAGCUCCCUGGGUGCCUGCACCUCCCUUGCAAGUCUGCACUCCAGUUUAGAACGGCUCUUCACUUGGGGUCAACUCCACCGCUGUCAGAGCAGCUUACUGCUUUUUAAUUUUUUUAGAAAUGGAGAUGAAAGCCAUUUCUCUCUUUAAAUUAUCUUUUAUUUAUUGGAUAGAAACAGCCAGAAAUUGAGAGGGGAGGGGGAGGUAGAGAGGGAGAGAGAGAUACUUGCAACCCUGCUUCACCACUUGCAAAGCUUCCCCCCUGCAAGUGGGGACCAGGAGUUUGAACCUGGGUCCUUGCACAUUGUAACAUGUGCACUCAAACAGGUAUGCCACCUCCAGGCCCCAAAGUUGUUAAUUACCAGAUCCCUGAUCGGCUCUGGCUUAUGGUAUGGUGGUGCAGGGAAUUGAACCUGGAACUUUGGAGCCCCAGGCAUGAGAGUCUCUUUGCAUAACCAUUAUUCUGUCUCCCCCAACACUGAUUGUUUUUUCUGCUCAGCUAACUACCUUUUGAAGCCAGAUGGAGUGGGUGACACUGGAGGUAGAUGUAGCUAAAGAAAACCAGUCUUCCUGUGUGCUCGUCCACUCUGCCCGGGUCUGCUGGUGAACCUGGCUUCAGCCUUGUGCUUCGUUCUGGUCUGUACUGAGCCUCCUGUGAGAGGUACCACAGCUCCUGGAUAAUCACUUUCCUCUCAUCCAGAUAAGAGUCCUGAUUUAUGACUUUAAUAAUCUGAAAAACAGAAACUACUGACCAUACUUGCAGGCGAUGAAAUCACUAAGGAGUGUUACAGAUUUUAACUUUUAUUUUCUGUUGUACAGAUGAAAUUAUUCUUAAAGACUGAGAACUAACAUUUAUUUUUCUUCCAAUGACUUAAAUUCACAUAUGUGGCAACAGAUACGUCUUGAGUGUUCUCAGCUCUUUUCCCUUCCUCCUGUGUUAUGUGACCUUUGAAAAGCACUUUAUUUUGGCUGUCAGAUGUGCAAUACUUGCUUCCUAUCUUUUGUUCAGAAUUUUACAUACUUGUUUAAAGGAGGAGUUUUUAACAUAAUGAUGAGAAACAGGAAGAAAUGAGAAUUGGCUAAGUAAAUGUGUGCAAAUAAACUUGAUUCAAAUUAAAUUUACACGUGGU